GAUAUAAGCUUUCUAAAGAUACUGAGUAAGAUGGAUUUGAGUGACUUAUUUAGUACAAAUACACUUUGUCGGGAGCGACAGUUUACUUCUGACCCUGGCAGUUUAGAUUUACCUACAGCUCAUGUUUUUCUGGAUGAUACUUGCAUCGGUGAUGCACAUUUUAUGUUGCCUCCUUCACCUGAUGAUGAUUUUAAUGACAGUGAAUUAUCAGCAGAUGAUGAUGAACUAAAUAUAGACAUAGUUGAAAUGUCAUUACCUGCUCGAGCUGCAGAACAAGCUGAGCAUUUAGUCCGGAAAGUACUUGAAGAAGCCGAGCAAGCUGAACAUCUUGUCAGAAAAGUCUGGGAAGAGGCAUGGAAAGUUUGUCACUUUAGUUCUUUGCCUAAAUGGUUACAGGAUAAUGAUUUUUUGCUUCGAGGACACCGACCCCCACUUCCAUCUUUUAAUGCAUGCUUCAGAUCAAUAUUUAGGAUUCAUACUGAAACUGGAAAUAUUUGGACUCAUCUGUUAGGCUGUAUAUCCUUCAUAGCUAUUGCACUCUAUUUCCUCACUCGUCCAUCCAAUCAAAUUCAGUGGCAAGAAAAAAUAGUAUUUGCAACAUUUUUUGCGGGUGCCAUUGCUUGCUUGGGCAUGUCAUUCACUUUUCAUACAGUUCACUGUCAUUCUGAAAAAGUUGGAAAGUUGUUUAGCAAAUUAGAUUAUUGUGGAAUUGCUUUUCUAAUCAUUGGCUCAUUUGUACCAUGGCUGUAUUAUGGAUUCUAUUGCAACUUUCAACCAAAACUUAUCUACUUGGUUCUUGUGAUUGUGUUAGGAACUGCUGCCAUUAUAGUCUCAUUAUAUGAUAAGUUUAGUGAACCACGUUUUCGUUCUGUUAGAGCAGGUGUCUUCAUGGGAUUUGGUUUAAGCGGUGUUGUACCUGCUGUUCAUUAUUUAAUUGCUGAAGGUUGGUUUCGAGCAGUAUAUCAGGCAUCUUUUGGUUGGCUGUGUCUUAUGGGCACACUAUAUAUCAUAGGAGCUCUAUUUUAUGCUCUCCGUGUUCCUGAACGUUUUUUUCCAGGCAAAUGUGACAUUUGGUUCCAUAGCCAUCAAAUAUUUCAUAUUUUAGUUAUUGCUGCUGCUUGUGUACACUAUCACGGAAUUACCGAAAUGGCUAUGUAUCGUUUAACAAUGGGCGAUUGUGCUGAAGAACCACCAGAAUAUUUUUCUCUGUAUUGACAACGAUUUCUGUUUUGUUAUUUUAAAGGAAAUAAAUGAUAUUUUUUGUUAAUAGGAUAGACCUAUUUUUACAAAGCAUUCAGAUAUUUUGUUUCACAUCACAGUGCUUUUAUUUAAAAUCAGAUUUUGAGAGCUGUAAGUCAAUUUUUGUAAAAUUUGCUGUUUGCUGUGAUUGAAACAUGUAGCUUGUCAUGUUUCUGCCUUAAGAAAUGUGUGAUUUACAUCACACAAAAUAGGAAAUUCUGAAAACGUAACCAGAAUGUGACCCCCAAAUAUGUAAUAAAGUAUGUUUCUAUGUUAUAUGUUAGUUGAAACUUUUAUGAAUGUUUUUGAUGAAUAAUAAAUUGUUGUGA